AUGGCAGCAUAUCACAUGCAUGGUGAGGCACUUAUCUGGUACAAAGGUGCUUGGGACAAUGGGCAAUUCACUAGCUGGGAGACCUUAACUCGCAUUCUUCAAAUCAGGUUUGGUCCCACCACGUAUGAUGACCCAAUGGAAGCUUUAACAAAGCUCAAACAGACCUCUACAGUAUCAGCCUACCAGACUCAAUUUGAAGCAUUAUCUAACAGAAUCAAUGGCCUAUCAGAUGCACACAAAUUAAGCUGUUUCAUCAGCGGGUUGAAGGAUGACGUUCGGCUGAUUUUAAAAAUGUUCAACCCCACCAGUUUAAUUGGGGCGUUUGGGUUGAAAAUCAAGAUUUAUCUGUUGCAAGGGUGUGAGGCCCUAGAGGAAGAUCAGCUCGAAAGUGGUUAUAAAGGGGGACAGUUGGAAGAGGACAGUGUGCUAGCUACUAAGGUGGAAGGAAAUCCUGAAAUCUCACUUAAUGCUAUUGCAGGUACUCCUAGCCCAGGUAUGAUGAGGGUAAAGGGAACGGUAAGUGGAGAACCAAUAGUAAUCCUAGUAGACUCAGGAAGCUCUCACAGUUUCUUACACCUGGUGAUUGCAAGGAGAGCAAAUUUGGAUAUCAACCAGUCUACCAAGUUAGCUGUAAGGGUUGCCAAUGGAUCCAUUAUUCAAAGUGAAGGCCACUGUGAUUCUGUACCCCUAAAAAUGCAAGGUACUCAAUUAUGUCCAUCUCUUUAUAUUUUGGAAUUGGGAGGUUGUGACAUUGUGUUGGGGGUAAAUUGGUUGGCAACUCUUGGUCUUAUUGUAUGGGAUUUUUCGAAGUUAUCUAUGCAAUUAAAAAAUGGCGGUCAUAAGGUGGAGCUUAGAGGAUUGGAACCCACACCAAUCUCUCUUGAAGGUAGUAGUAAGGUAAUGUUGGCCUCGAUGACUAAGGGAAUAGGGUUUUUGCAACAAAUCCAAAUAGAGUCAAAAGUGGAUAGUGUAGUGGUGCAAAAUACUGAAGUUAGUGAGCUGUUAACACAGUUCCAGGGGGUAUUUGAGGAGCCUAACGGGCUUCCUCCGGUAAGGGACCAUGACCAUAAAAUUGUUUUGAAAGAGGGUACCCCACCUAUCUCAAAUAGACCCUAUCGAUACCCAUAUUACCAGAAAACCGAAAUAGAGAAGAUAGUGGCAGAGUUGCUGAAAACAGGGGUUAUUAGACCCAAUUCCAGUCAUUUUUCCUCACCUAUACUGCUUGUACGAAAGGUUUAUGGGAGUUGGCGCACUUGUGUCGAUUACCGCCCACUAAAUCAGCACACAAUCAAAGAUAAAUUUCUCAUCCCAGUGAUAGAUGAGCUACUAGAUGAGUUGGGUGGGGCGAGGGUGUUUUCAAAAUUGGAUCUCAGAUCGGGAAAUCAUCAAAUUCGAGUGGUACCAGAGGACAUUGAGAAAACUAUUUUUAGAACUCACGAAGGGCACUACGAGUUCUUGGUAAUGCCCUUUGGGCUUACUAAUGCCCCGUCCACUUUUCAAGGACUUAUGAACCAAGUAUUCAAGCAGUUCUUAAGGAGGUUCGUACUUGUGUUUUUCGAUGAUAUUUUGGUGUAUAAUAGGAGAUGGAAAGAACACUUACAACAUUUAAAACAAGUGCUGGAAGUGCUACAACAACAUCAACUGUAUGCAAAGAUGUCUAAGUGUAGAUUUGGGGUAGAGGAGGUGGAUUACUUGGGUCACAUCAUAUCUUUUGAAGGGGUUAGGGCAUGUCCAAACAAGAUUAAAUCUAUGCUGGAUUGGCCAUCGCCAAAGAAUACUAAGGCCUUGAGGGGAUUCUUGGGUCUAACGGGAUACUAUAGGAAGUUCAUUAAGGGGUAUGGGGUACUUGCAGCUCCAUUGACCAGUUUGCUUAAAAAGAAUAAUUUUGGGUGGACUUCAGAUGCGGAAUAG